AACAGGCCUCAGCGCAUAAAGGGGCGUCGAACACACCUUUUCUUUCAAACAGCCUCGGCACAUCCUCGAUCAAUCGACAUUUUGUCUCCUACAGCAUCAUUCCGACGAUCUGAGCUUAGCCAAAACUCUUCCCACGGUCUAGCCCUGCAUAUAUCGUCCCUGCCACCAGCUCUUGUGCGCGCUUGUACACGAGCUUCGCAACUUUGUCUAAAUCCCUUUGCGACCUACGACUUUCUCGCUUCAGGCUUAGCCCUUGCGCCAGCGUCGCUUUCCGACGGACGACCAACGUUCUUCUCGUUUUUAAUCGUUCUCAAUAUUCCCAGCAAUGGCGAUUUCAACCCGGCCGAAGCUCCCGCCGAGGGCCCCGUCCCCUCCUCCCUCUUCUCAACCGGGCAGCCUUUCCGGCAGCCCGUCGGAAAUCCUUCCAGGCAGCGCUUCCUGCCCGAGCAGCACGACCAGCAGCCCGAAGCGCAGCCGCAGCCCCAGCUGCUACAGCCGGAGCGGCGGCUGUAGCGCGACGAACAGCCCCCUGCGGUGUCGCAGUCCCGGCUGCAGCAGCAGAAGAGCCGGCGGCCUCGGCAGCAGCGGAAGAAGUAGCGGUGGUAACUUGGGUAACAGCAGCGCGAGCAGCAAUCAAUGGUGGGCGUCCGUACGGUGCGAGGGGAAGGGCCUGGCGCAAGCGGUGGAGAGCCUCGUCGCGAACACUGUGGCGGAGUUCAGUGUCAUCGAGUAGAGAUGACACGGAGCCGACAUGACACGGAGCGACGAGAUGAAACGCGCACCUGACAUGGACCAUGAGAUGGAACGCGACGCUCGUCGACUGUACAGUUCUCGUUAUUUUUCAGCAACGGCUAAUUUUCCGCGAAGCCGAAGCUGAAGAUUUGACCACACGCUUUUUACACCAGACGACGGUGGUUCAGUUGCCUUCAUUUGGUCCUGACUUUCUCUCGGUGAUUAUUUCCGCGCGCGCGCGCGCGCGACUAAAACAGUCUGGGUGAAGUAGCUGGGUACUUGUGAUCUGGCGCCGCCGUCUCAUUUUUUUAUUUCAUGUGCGGUGGAGGAUGGUGGGAUCCAUUAGGUUGCGGUGGAGCAACUUAGGAAGUUAGAUUUUAGCUGUGUAGCGACUACAGUACUACCAAGUAGCUACUCCUGGUGUGCUUAGGCUGUGACAUUUAUUAAUGAUUCUAAUCCACUCACUCCGAUAUUCGAGGUGAC